GAUGUCCUCAGAAACGUUUCAGUGAAAUUCAGGGUUUCGUCCUUAUUAGCUACUGUAAUUUACCUGCCCUGUUCUACUGGAAUAGCGCCGAAGUUGUUUUGGUUCGUCGCGAACUGUUAGGUAGCUUUGUAUUCAGUAGUCGUUUACCAAUAUCAUAAUGCUAACUAUGCUGAAAAAACGACGCUGUUGACGUUAUGUGCCGAUGAAACUACUCGAGAUCUUCAUUUAAGAUGACAGAGAACGUCACAAGAGGGGAGGGUAGCGCGAUGUAUAAACCGAGUUCAGUUCACGCUGCUACCAACCCUAAACGUAAUCCCGGCUCAAAAAACGGCGUCACAAGUACAGUUUCCUCAGAUAAAACAACGACACCUCGAAGAGACUAUACCGAUCAACCUGUUCGUCUUCCUAGCUCAGCGCCCACCCGCGCAGCACUGAUGGGCAAAGCAAAGAGAAUCCAUGGUGGUUUUUCGCCCGCUGCUAAGCGCAGAGCUCAACUUAAACAUGGAAAGCGGAUCGCUGCCAGACGGAGUCCGCCGGCGUAUUCUGUGUUUGGCCUCUCGAAAGAGAAAGAGCGCUGCGGAUUUAUGCGAAAAGUUUAUAUCAUCUUAAGCUUGCAAAUGGUCGUUACUGCAGGGAUCGCGGCCUCAUUUGUUCUUAUUCAGCCAGUCAAAAGAUGGACACUGGAUCACUAUUGGAUAGUAUUAGUUGCCCUGGCAAUCUAUCUCCCGCUGUACUUUAUAUUGGCUUGCUGUACAAGCGUCCGGCGCUCAUCUCCGCUAAAUGUGAUACUGCUUACUCUAAUCACAUUAGCAAUGAGUAUAUUGGUUGGCAUAAUCUCGUCGACCUACCCGACAUUUUCCAUCAUUCUUGUAUUCGGUAUUUCCGCGAUAUCCUGCUUAGGCGUAACUCUGUUUGCAUUCAAAACGAAAUUCGACUUCACGUCGUGUUUUGGCGUUAUUUUCGUGCUCUUCGUAGUCAUGGUUCUUUUCGGGCUAGUCCUGGUUUUCGUGCGCAUCACCGCCGUGCAUCAGGUCUAUGCGGGACUUGGUGCAUCGCUUUACAUGCUUUACCUCUCAUUUGACACCCAUAUGGUAAUGGGGAGGAAGAAAUACCAACUUUCGGGUGAAGACUACGUAUUCGGUGCUCUUACACUAUAUGCUGAUAUAGUGAAUAUAUUCUUUUUUGUACUACAAUUUAUGGGGCAGCGGUAGCUUGCUAUCGCCCAGCAAGCGGGCUCGAACACACAAGAAAUCAGAUUAUUUAGAAAAAAA